AUGCAAGGUUUAUUCUUCUUCUUGUUCAUGAAUUCACUAUCUUUUCUCACCACAAUCUCAACCUCUACGGAUACCCUAACCUCGUCACAAAUUCUGAGAACAUCUCAGACCCUCGAAUCGUCCAACGAAACUUUCGUUCUUGGUUUCAUCCCCGGAAUAAAUCUCAACAACUUUUAUUUAGCCAUAUGGUACAAAAACAGCCAAGACACAGUUGUUUGGGUUGCAAACAGAGACAACCCUCUUCAAAAUAAUUCAACCAAUGAUGGCUUUCUCAAAAUUGGUGACAAUGGAAACAUAGUACUUCUCAAUUCAUCAUCAAACAACAACCUCGUAUGGUCUUCGAAUCAAACAACAGUUACUAAAAACCAACUUGUUCUUCAGCUUUUGGAUAAUGGAAAUUUAGUUCUAAGAGAAACAAACGUGAACGACCCAACAAAAUAUCUAUGGCAAAGCUUUGAUUUUCCCACAGAUACUUUGUUACCAUCCAUGAACUUGGGUUGGAACUUCGAGAAAAACACCGAAAAACACUUAACUUCAUGGAAGAUCACAGGUCAAAACCCUUCAACAGGAGAUUAUUCAUACAAAAUUGAUUUUCAUGGCUUACCAGAAACUUUCCUGGUUGGUAGUGAUAGAUCAUUAAUGUAUCGUGGUGGACCUUGGAAUGGUGAAACAUUCAGCGGUCUACCAGAAGCUAAGAUGCAAGAAGAUACAGAUUCAAUAGUUUUUAAUUUUUCAUGGAACGAACACGGUGUUUACUACUCAUUUUCGACCAUAAAUGGGUCAAUUUAUUCGAGACUUGUUCUGAAUUCGUACGGUCAACUUCAACAUUUUACUUGGAAUCAAAGCACAAAAACUUGGACUACGAAGUAUUUGUAUGUAUUUUUAUCAGAUGAUUGUGAUCAGUACAGAAAAUGUGGCCCUUAUAGUAUAUGUGGCGCGCAUGCUUCCCCUGUUUGUAAAUGUAUGAAAGGUUUUGUUCCUAAGAAUGAACGAACAUGGAAUGUGAACGAUUUUGAGUCUGAUGGUUGUGUGAGGAAAACGAAUUUGGAUUGUAAGAGUGAUGAGUUUUAUCAAAUGGUGAAUGUGAAGUUGCCUGAGACAACCAAAACCCCUGUUUUUGUGAAUACAACAAUGGGGAUUAAGGAAUGUGGUGAUUUGUGUCGUAGGAAUUGUUCUUGUACUGGUUAUGCUAACAUUUUUGUGACGAAUGGAGGAAGUGGUUGUGUUAUGUGGUUUGGUGAACUUGUUGAUAUCAUAAACUAUACUAAAGGUGGACAAGAUCUCUACAUACGUCAAGCUUAUUCAAAACUUGAUAUAGAUACAGAUGAGAAAACAAAUGGAACAGCAAUUACCAUAUCUAUAGUGAUAGUGGCAACGAUUAUUGUUGCUACUUGUACCUAUUUCUUAUGGUCAUGGGCUUCUAAACACUCAGAAUUAUCUAGCUUCCACUUUCAAUUAUUUGUGUUGACCACAGGGAAAUCCCCUCAAGAAAAUCAAACUGCAAGUCUAAUUGGAGAUGUGAAACAAGUUAAAAUAGAGGACCUUCCUUUAUUUGAGUUCAAAAACAUAUCAACAGCAACAAAUAACUUUAGUUCAGCUAAUAAGAUUGGACAAGGUGGUUUUGGUUCAGUGUACAAGGGAGAAUUGCCGGAUGGAUUAGAAAUAGCAGUGAAAAGACUUUCAAGAGAUUCAGGACAGGGGCUAGAAGAAUUUAUGAAUGAAGUGAUUGUGAUUUCAAAGCUUCAACAUCGCAAUCUUGUAAGACUUUUAGGCUGCUGCAUCGAAGAAGAAGAAAAGAUGUUGGUUUAUGAGUACAUGCCUAAUAACAGUUUAGAUUUUUACCUAUUUGACCCAAUAAAAAAGAAGGUUUUAGAUUGGCAAAAACGUUUAUACGUAAUCGAAGGAAUCUCUCGAGGUCUACUUUAUCUUCAUAGAGAUUCGAGGUUAAGAAUAAUACACAGAGACCUAAAACCAAGUAAUAUCUUGUUGGAUGGAGAAUUGAAUCCAAAAAUAUCUGACUUUGGCAUGGCCAGAAUCUUUGGAGGUACCGAAAACGAGUGCAAUACAAGAAGAAUUGUGGGAACAUAUGGAUACAUGUCUCCAGAGUAUGCAAUGGAAGGACUAUUUUCAGACAAAUCAGAUGUUUUUAGCUUUGGAGUUUUGCUCCUCGAGAUAAUAAGCGGUAGGAAAAACACAAGUUUAUAUAAUCACGAGCAAACACUCAACCUCUUAGGAUAUGCAUGGAAACUAUGGAAUGAAGAUGAGGUUGUAUCUUUGAUAGAUCCUCAAAUAUGUAAUCCAGAAUAUUUGGAUGACAUUUUGAGAUGCAUACAUAUUGGACUUCUUUGUGUUCAAGAAAUUGCGAAGGAGAGGCCUACUAUGGCAACAGUUGUAUCAAUGCUUAAUAGUGAGAUUGUUAAAUUUCCUCGUCCAUUUCAACCUGGAUUCAUUCAAAGACAGAUUGAGCGUAGAGGCGAGCCAUCGCUAAACCGUGUCACUGUCACAAGCUUGCAAGGCAGAUGAUUAGCAGACAUAACGAUGCCCGUGCUGGAUCCUCAAGACUUUAAACUAAUAAUCUCUGCAUCUCAUUUACAAAUAGAUCUCUUAUGUUAUAUAAAUUGUUUUUUCCAAUAGUGAUGAUAUCCAACAACUUUCCAAAUUCCCAGAUUACUUUAAAUGUUCAAUAUUAUUAUUAGCAUCAUCAACUUAGCAUCACAAGUAUACACUCUCCACAUUUUCAAUGAAGGGUUGAAGAUGAUACCAAAUCAAAUAUAAUGACUAACAUCAUUACUUACCAUAUAUUUCCCUUGCAGGCCACUCUC